AUGUUGUCAAGAGUACUCGCCCGAUCAGUGCAAACACCACGACUCGGGGCAUCUCCUGCAGCCCUUCGGAUAGCCUCAUCGUCGCAACUAUGGAGCCGGUCUAUGGCCAAGAAUCACGAGCCAAAUUAUGGCCAGAACAAGCCUUCGAGUAAUGGGAGACAGUCUGGAAAUAAUCAGCCCUCAAAACCAGUUGCUGCAGGUGCUGCUGCGACUGGAGCUUUCACACAGCAAGGUUCGCAGGUCAACAGCAAGUUGGGAAAGUCCGAAUUCUCGAAAAAGCAGGAGGAGUUAAGUGGAAAUGCAUCUCCGGAACAGAAUACCACACCCAAAUCCCAGGGUACGGGUGCAGGAAGCGUGAACGCCGCUUCAAGGAAAGGGGAGGAUCCAGCAUUCUCGAAAAAGCAAGAAGAAUUCAAUACUACAGCCUCUCCAUCCGAAAAUACCGCUCCUCAAUCUAGCUCGCCGUCUGCCAUCGAUCCUGCAGAAGCUCAAGCUCAAGCUCAAGCUGAGGCUCAGAUUGGAUCGCUACCAGAUCUCACAAAAGGCAUACCCUCCACCUGGGAAUUUGAAGCUGCUCAGCGCCGGAAGGCAUCCUCCUCGCCAUUAAACCUGACAGAAGCUCAAGGGGGAGGUGGAAAAGGGCAACUCCCAGAUUCUGCAUACGUCUCCUCGGCGGAACGAAACCGGAAUAAGCGAUUCUCAUAUAUGUAUCUCUUCUUUGGUUUUGCAGGAGCCAGCGGCACAUUAUUUCUUGGGCGCAACUGGGAAACACCAGAACUGGAGUCAGAGCAUCCAGACGUACCAAAUGGAAUGACUCCAGGGUUGAUGUGGGCUCGUGCAAAGGCUCGGUAUAAUGAUCUAUUCGACUACUACCAAAAGCCAACCUUCCAAAAGCUUCUACCUGACGUAGACCCAAGCUUUGCACGAGAUUAUACUUUGGUGUUGAGUUUGGAGGACUUACUGAUUAAGGCUGAAUGGAGCCGAGAACACGGAUGGAGAAUAGCGAAACGACCAGGUGUUGAUUAUUUCUUGCGAUAUCUCAGUCUAUAUUACGAAAUUGUGAUCUUUACCAGUCAACCUUGGAUGAUUGCGGAUCCGGUCAUCAAGAAGUUGGACCCAUUCCGCAUAGCAACAUGGCAAUUGUUCCGCGAGGCGACACUUUACAAACCAGAAGAAAACACAUACGUAAAGGAUCUCGCAUAUCUCAACCGUGAUCUCUCCAAGGUCAUAAUCAUGGACACAAAAGCCUCACACGUCCAAAACCAACCUGAAAACGCGAUUGUCCUGAAGCCAUGGGAAGGAAAUGCCGACGACAAAGAACUCGUCUCAUACAUCCCCUUCCUCGAAUACAUGCCAACGAUGGCGUACAGCGACGUACGAAAGGCCCUCAAAUCCUUCGAAGGAAAACAUAUUCCCACAGAGUUCGCUGCGCGCGAAGCAAUUGCACGACAGAAGUUCCACGAAGAGUUAAAAUCAAGAAAGGCUCCUCGGGGUUCCGGUACUAGUUUCCUCUCUAAUGCGCUAGGAAUCAAGGCCGGGGGCAUGAUGGAAAGGGACCCUAACGAGCAAUCCACAUCGGAAGCCUUUGCCCAAGGCAAGAUGCUCCAAGACGUAGCACGGGAGCGAGGCCAGCGAGCGUACGCAGCCCUUGACAAGGAGAUCCGCGAGAACGGCGAGAAAUGGCUAAAGGAAGAAGCGGAAGCCAUGAAGAAACAAGAGGAAGAGGGUAUGAAAGCUAUGAAGUCUGGCUUCUUGGGCUUCCUUGGUACCGGUAAUGCCGGAACAUAG